GCUCUCUGAGUCAAAUCAACAAGAACACAAGAGCUAGCUAGCUGCUCAACGUGUAGCUCGAUCUACAGCCAGCAGUCACUAGCUUGAUCUUAUCGACCAAAACAUCUAGUCGUCGUUGCAUUAUAUCGAUCGAUCUAUCGAUUUAACAAUAAUAAUGCAGGGCCUCAGCACGAUGAAGCCAUCUAAUUCCAAGCAGCAGCAGCAGCUCAGCAGCUUGUUGGUCGUCGUUGCUGCUGUGUUGCUGCUAGGGCUCGCCGGAGUCGCGCACGGCGGCAGGAGGCUCAUCGUCUCCCGCAGCGAGGACGAGCCGUGCAAGAAGAUGACGAUGUACUACCACGACAUCAUAUACAGCGGCAACAACACCGCCAACGCGACGUCGGCGGCGGUGACGAAGCCCGAGGCGGCGCUGAGCUUGUCGCACUGGAAGAACGGCACCUUCUUCGGCCUGCUGGUGGUGUUCGACGACCUGGUGACGGAGGAGCAGGCGCUGACGUCGGAGCCGGUGGCGCGCGCGCAGGGCUUCUACUUCUACGACAAGAAGGAGCAGUACAACGCGUGGAUGGCCUUCUCGCUCGUCUUCAACUCGACGGCGUACACGGGCACCCUCAACCUCAUGGGCGCCGACCUCAUGUACGAGAAGACGAGGGACAUCUCCGUCGUCGGCGGCACCGGGGACUUCUUCAUGUCGCGCGGCGUCGCCACGCUAAGCCUCGUCGCCUACGAGGGUACCGUCUACUUCCGCCUCAAGAUGGACAUCAAGCUCUACGAGUGCUACGUCGCUGCCUGAUCAGACCAUGCAUUAUCAUAUUUUCUUCGUUUUUUUUCAAUAAAUGCAUGUUUAAUUUUUUUUAGGGUCUGCAUGUUUGCUUAUAUAUAAGCACGGGCUUUUUGUUUUAUGGAUUGUGUGUGCCAUAUAUAUUGUUGCAUGCCGCGACACGACAUAUAUAUAUGGGUAGUACUUGUAUCGACUCUAUGCAAUACUCUUAUAUAAGAGUUACUAAUAAAACUUUCUUUAUCAAAAGAA